UAUACAAAGCAUCGGCAUAUAAUUCUUCAGUACAACUGGACAUUUCAUUCUGACAAGAUAGAAAAUUUUUUGGAGGGAACAUAAUUCAACUUUUGUAUUCUAAACUUUCAACAUAACAUCAUGCUGUCAACAAGUUCUGCACGAAAAGAAAACGAAUUGUCAUCAAAUCUUGGCAAAAUGAAGAUAAUCGACGAAAAUCAACCAAAGAAAAAAGUUCUUGGAGAAAUAACCAACUUGCAAAGAACAACCAACAGCGGAACCUUAAAGACUGAGGUGCCUAAACCAGUUGAGAAAAGGUCUGAAAAAGAAAUUGAACCACUCUUGAAAGAUAACCCAAACAGAUUUGUUGUUCUGCCCAUCCAAUACCAUGAUAUCUGGAAAAUGUACAAGAAAGCAGAAGCAUCUUUCUGGACUGCUGAGGAGGUUGACUUAUCUAAAGACUUGUCACAUUGGGAGGCCCUUAAACCAGAAGAAAAACAUUUCAUCUCUCAUGUACUUGCCUUCUUUGCUGCAAGUGAUGGAAUUGUAAAUGAAAACUUGGUUGAGCGAUUUAGCAAGGAGGUUCAAGUGACAGAGGCAAGAUGUUUUUAUGGAUUCCAAAUAGCAAUGGAAAAUAUUCACUCUGAAAUGUACAGUUUGCUCAUUGACACAUACAUCAAAGAUCCAAAAGAAAGAGACCAUCUAUUUAAUGCUAUAGAGACAAUGCCUUGUGUAAAAGAAAAGGCUGAUUGGGCAAUUCGUUGGAUCAAUGAUGGACAGUCACCCUAUGGAGAAAGAGUUGUAGCUUUUGCAGCAGUUGUCAUCUUUUUCUCUGGGUCUUUUGCUUCUAUAUUUUGGUUAAAGAAGCGUGGUAUUAUGCCUGGACUAACCUUCAGUAAUGAGCUUAUAAGUAGGGAUGAGGGUCUUCAUUGUGACUUUGCUUGUUUGAUGUUCAGUCACUUGGUAAAUAAACCUUCACAAGAACGAAUCUACCAAAUUAUAGAUGAAGCUGUGAAAAUUGAACAGAAAUUCCUUACAGAAGCUCUUCCGUGUAGAUUAAUAGGAAUGAAUGGUGAUCUUAUGAAGCAGUACAUUGAAUUUGUAGCAGACAGACUGCUUCUAGAACUAAAGUGUGAAAAGCUUUACAACAAAGAAAAUCCUUUUGACUUCAUGGAACAUAUAUCACUUGAAGGAAAGACAAACUUUUUUGAGAAACGUGUGGGUGAAUACCAGAAAAUGGGAGUGAUGGGCGGAGGUAGUUCAGACAGUCAUGCCUUCACUUUAGAUGCUGACUUCUAAUGAUAGACAGAAUAGAUGCAUCAUGAGUGCCUUAUUUUACCCCGAGUGUGUUCAUUUCAAUAGGAUAUGAUCUCAGCUACUGUUGACUUAUAUACUUAGUGUUGAAAGUUUGUUGAUGGAUUAUGUCCCAACAAAAUCAUAGAAGUAGAUUGAAAAUAGUGCCAGAAUUUAUUUAUCAUUUUUUUAUGUGCAAUUUUAACUCUUAAUCCAUUUAGUUUUACAAUAUUUAUUUUUGUAAAUAUUUGGUUUGUCAUUUUUUUUAAUCAUAGAUUUUACUCUUUAAUUUAGUUUUAGAUAAAAAAAAAUGAUUAUGGAACUUGAUACCUUUAAAAAAAAACAAUAAUUAUGUGAAUGAUUUUUAGACUGAGGAGUCUGUUUUUUAAAUGCGGGUAUAUGUGAAUUAGUUUUAUUUAUUGUAGUUUUAAUUGAUCUGGCAUGUUGCGUUUUAUUAAAUUGUAUUGUCAUAAUUAUAUGCAUUAAAUGUUAAAAAAUA